CUUCCUUGCAGGCAUAUCUGGGAAUUAUAGACUCAUCCUGUGGAGGUCAAGUUUUGUAAAGACUGUGGCUUCAUGGGUUACAUUUCCACUGGCCCCAUCUGCCACCUCUUCUACCUGGACCUAUGCUUCAUCCCACCUUCUCCAAGGAUAGGACUUCAGUUGGUCAACUGGACCUACCUGCAUCUUUCUUCCUUCUAUCUGCAUCAAGCUCUUUGACCCACGGAUACUUUAUUUCCACCGUUUGCUCCUCACCCUUGUGUCCCCUCUCUUUCCCAGACAUAACAUCUUUUACAGCACCAGAGCAUUUUGUGGCAUUUAUUAAAUUAAAUGUCUGUCUCCCCUUACUAAAUAAGGAUUUUGGAAGCAGUAGCCAUUCUUUAGUGAAUUUUGUGUUCCCAGCAUCUAACACAGUUGGAGAAUGUAUUAAAUGUUGGCUGAAGAAAUAAAUUUUUAAAGGCUAAUCCCAAGGGAAACAGAUCAUGUUAUAAAUUCCUCAGCUGGAACUGUAAGAAUCAGUGAUGUUCCAUGCAAAAGCCUCGUAGGGAUAGGAAUCCAGAGGGGUGACCACAGGCCUUCUUGGUCUCUGGAAAAGCAUGGGAUAUACUGUGAGCCAUAAAGCAAAUAUCCUUUGAACUAACCUGAUUUAUCUUGAUGGAAUUCUUUGCGUAGGUAUUGUGAGCUCCAUUUCUAGUGUGCAAAUUCUGCUUUCCUUAGAAAUGGAAAGGAACUUGAGACAUUUCUUAGAUAGUUUCAAGACCAAACUGCUUGUGAGAGUUAAGGACUUCCUUUUCUCACUGUGUACCAGAAGAGUUGGCAGCUAGAGCUUGGCAUUUUCCCAUCAACUAGCUCCACGACAAAAUAAGCCUCCUUGAAAUUUCCAAACAGAAAGCUCUGGAGAUGUCUGGCAAGCCCUGGGCAUAACUUUCUGCUGCUGCAGACCUGGAAUCCACAGAAGCGAUCUCGAGGAGGAUGACCCAGCAGAUCGGCAAGUGGCCAAGAGGAGCUCCCCCUGUCUUCUUCUCCUCUUAGCACGCGUGACAGUGUGGUAUGCCCCCUGACCUUCUUCCUUCCUCCUCUGGGACUAAGCCAUGACUGGACAUGACAAUAAGGAACUCGUCCUUGCCUGAACCUCCUUCCGCAGACCCGCUGAGAGAAAGGAAGGAGCUAGGCGGUACGGGCGUCAUGGUCCACCUACUGGCCUCCGAAGUGCGGCAGCUGCUCCACAACAAGUUCGUGGUGGUCCUGGGGGACUCGGUCCAGAGGGCUGUGUACAAGGAUCUGGUGCUCCUGCUGCAGAAAGACUGCCUGCUCACACCCAGCCAGCUCAAGGCCAAGGGGGAGCACACUUUCGAGCAGGAUAAGCUGGUGCGUGGGGGCCAGCUGGGCCGCAUGCACAACGGCACCCACUACCGCGAGGUGCGCCAGUUCUGCUCCGGCCAGCACCUGGUGCGCUUCUAUUUCCUGACGCGCGUGUACAACGACUACCUGGAGGACGUCCUGGAGGAGCUGCAGGCCGGCGAGCAUCACCCGGACCUGGUCAUCAUGAACUCGUGCCUCUGGGACAUCACCAGGUACGAGAAGGACUUCUGGCCUAGUUACCGGCGGAACCUGGAGAGACUGUUUGGGCACCUCCGCCAGGUGCUGUCCGAGUCGUGCCUCCUGGUGUGGAACACGGCCAUGCCCGUGGGCGACAGAAUCACCAACCGCUUCGUCCCGCCCGAGAUCCGGUUAGCAUCCGCCUCCGUGAAAAGCCGGGUGAUCGAAGCCAACUUCUACAGCUCUGCCGAGGCCCAAAAGCACGGCUUCGAUGUGCUGGACUUGCACUUCCACUUCCGCCGCCACACAGGGAAGUUCCUGCAGACGGACGGAGUGCACUGGAACGAGCGCGCACACCGCCACCUCUCCCAGCUCCUGCUGGCCCACGUGGCCGACGCCUGGGGGGUAGAGCUGCCCCAGCGAGACCCAGUGGGCAAGUGGAUCACGGAUGGCCCUGAGAGAGGAAGACCUGGCCGGAGGCUUGAGAGGCAGCCCCUGGUCUACGGAGAUCAGCCGGCCUGCCCUCCGCCCAGACCUUUGCCUCUCCCGGGGCGCCAACCCCUGCUCCCCACACCGUCUCCCCGCCCACCCCUGUUUCCACUCCUGUCCCUACAACCUCAUCCCAUCCCCUUUCACCCGGUGAUGCCCCCAUUCCCAUUCUGCCCCCAGGAUACCGGUUUUUCUUCAGACCAUACUUUCCAAUCGGAUCAAUUGGCCUUUAACUGUUUAUAUUCAGAUGUCCCCCCAUCUAGCCAAACAGAAUUUGCUGCCCAAGGUGACUUUCGGUAUGGUCCCCAGCCGCCUAUGCCCCGCUUCCUUCCACCCUGUUAUGAGCAACGGGUCCCUGCGGUCCAUAGGGGUUUUCCCAGGUAUCAUCCCCCUGACCCCUACAUGCCCUGGAGAAAGCGGCCUAAAACUUCCAAGAGAAGGGCCUCGGCCUAUAAAGAGCCAAGACCUCAAUAGACUGACUUGGGCCUUCUUCCUCUCGCACUUGGACUGAACGUGGUCUGCCUCGUCCCAAAUAGGCUGACCUCCUUCACUGAAACCUUUUGUCCACUGCUGUUACCAGUGAUGGCAGGGAAGAUCAGUCUGACACAUAUAUGUUGUCCAUGGCCUCUUUCUGCACUCCCAGAUGCCUGGGAGGUGGCCAGGCAUCAUUCCUGCCUUCCUGCUCCUUAUUCUCUGUCUUUUUGUAAAUAUACAGUUGAAAUUAAAAAGUUGUUUCAUAAAAGUCA